GUCAGGGUCAGGCUUGGCUUUACCUUACCUGCACCUCUCUAAUUUUUUCUUCUCUCUUUAUUUCUAUCUUGAUUUUCCUCACCCACACUCACCAAUUCAUUUCAUUCUCAUCUCUAAACCUCCCUUUCUCUCUCUCUAUUCUCUUCUGUUAGGCGGUUUAGACGCUAGAUCUAGCGCUUUGUUUCUAGCUAUUUUGCUGGUCUGCUGGAGGAAGAUAGGAACAAAUAUUUGUCUUCCAGUAUAUAAUAAUAUUCUUUGGACUUCUUUUAGAGAUAAAUUUACAUUAUAGCCCUAAUGCAAGGGAAGAGAGGUGCAGUCGGUUCGUUACCUGAAACCCUGGACUUUGCUCAUGGUCCUUCAUCAGGCAGCGAUGCUUUAGGUCAGCCAGUGUGCUGGAAUAAUCUGAGAAGUUCUGCACAAAAUCGAUUACCAGAUUACGUUGUAUCUCCUAACAACACAUACAGUGCUUCUGCUACUAAUCAAGAGAGGCCGAACUUGAUUAACUGGAGUUUAGGAGAAAGCAGCUCAACUCUGGUUCAAAGUCAACUCUGUGAAAAUGAGCCAAAAAUGGGAGGAGGACAUGAUUGGUCAUCGUCUUCCACAACUGCUUCAACAAAUGCUCUUUUGAUGAAUAACGUUGAAGUAAAUUCUGAAGUGGAUGACACUAACGCCGAUGAUGAAUGUCAGUUGUUGGAGUUUAUGUCUACCUUUGAGCCCGGUGCUCCACCCAAUCAACGAAUGCUGCCUGGCAGUAGUAGUUCCGCAGGUCCUUUAGCUGAGCAAAGCGGGGUCCGGCCAGGCAGUUCAGGAGAAGGUCGGCGCUUGUCGCGUAAAAGAAAAGCGUUUGAAGGCCAAUCUUCCGGGAGUGGAAGCUUGGGUUGUUUUCAGCACCCUGAGAGCUGUGUUUGGCAACAUAACAUUUCGAGCAGUUCGAAUAUUCCUCCUCCUGCACCGAACACUAAUAACGGUAGUGCUAAUGUGGCUGAACAGAUAAACCCUAGGCUUGGAUUAAGCAUUGGAUCAAACGCUUCCCGAACUGCAGAAAUUUCGCGAAGGAAUCUCCGUCUGAGGAUGAACGCCGCAAACCAACAACGUUCUGUUCCUCGUAAUUUGUUCCAGCUAGAAUCCCAACCUGGAAAUGCCACUCCACAAGGACAGCCUUUAGUAGCUGGGCCCUUUCCUUCCAUGCACCGGCAUGUGAUUCCCUCAAGUUAUGUUCUUUCUUCUGGAGAGAGAGAUUUGCUGGCACAAUCUGUUGGUGAAUCAUCGACUUCCAGGGGUAUCCCAAGAAGCAUUACACAACAAAAUCUUUUGUUUACACCUAGCGGUCCAAUUGUGAGCCCCCAAUCAGCUUCACCUUCUUUGCUACCUAGCCGUGCUGUUCUUCCACAGUACCCCAGACUGCCAGCAGAGUUUGUGAGGAGAUCUUUGCAGACCUCUGCUAGUGCAUCAGAUUCUGGUCAUCCGAGCAACAGCAGCAGCCCACAAGUGCAUGCCAGCUUGCAGGAGAUUGCAGCUCUGUCUGGUGGAAAUCUCAUGAAUCGUCCAUCUGGUUCCAGGUCAGGAAUGCUGUUGGAGAGACAUAUGGAUGGUUCUUCUGCUGUUCCUUAUUCAUGGAGGACUUUGGCUGCUGCUGGUGAGGGAAGAAGAAGCAGGCUUGUUUCUGAGAUCCAUAAUGUUUUAGAUCUUAUGCGUCGUGGAGAGGGCUUGCGAGUUGAGGAUGUUAUGAUUCUUGAUCCGUCAGUGUUUUUUGGGAUGGCGGGCACUCAUGAUCGGCAUAGGGAUAUGCGUCUUGAUGUUGAUAACAUGUCAUAUGAGGAAUUACUAGCACUGGAAGAACGUAUCGGAAAUGUAUGUACUGGUUUGAGUGAAGAAGUGAUUUUGAAGCAUUUGAAACGACAAAAAUACACAUGCAUGGCUACUCAAGAAGAAGAAAAUCCUGCUGAAAGAGAACCAUGCUGUAUAUGUCAGGAGGAAUAUAAUGAGGGAGAUGAACUUGGGAUAUUGGAUUGUGGUCAUGAGUAUCACACCCAGUGCGUCAAACAAUGGCUCAAACAAAAGAAUGUUUGCCCAAUUUGUAAAACAACCGCAUUGGCUGCUGCCGCCACCUGAGAUGCUUGGAGCCAUACAUUCUUUCUGUCAUUUAUAUGAAUUGUGGCGUCAUGAUCUCCGGGAUAAUAUAAAGCUUUGGCAGAAGAAGAAAAAAACUGUGUAUUUUUUCUUCAAUGUUGUGUUCUAGUCUCCAUGUGGAGAGAAAGGAGCGAUCCAAUGUAAUAGAUAGUAGCUGUUAGUCCAUUCAUUUUUUAGUUAAAAGUUAAAACCCACCCAUUAUAAGUCACCCCCUUGAGUUCACAUUUUAUAUCUUCUCUAAGAAUUCAUAGUUGUCAUUAUUAUUGAAUAUUCAUGCAUUUAUUUGAUGACUGAUUUGCUGAUAA